AUGGAUUUAUGUGAUGAUUCAAACAAUGUUCAAGUAUUUUGUAGAGUCAGACCGCUAAAUGACAUGGAAAAGCACUUACCAAGCAAGCCAUUUAUCGAUAUCUCAGCUGAUUCUCGUACAAUAACUGCUCACUCUUCAAAUGCCAAUGAACCUAUUAAAUAUAAUUUCGAUUACGUUUUUAUUCCACCCACUCCUCAAUCAACUGUCUACGAAAAAGCAGCGCGUCCUAUAGUCGAGUCAGUAAUGCAAGGCUUUAAUGGGACUGUUUUCGCAUAUGGACAGACAUCCUCAGGGAAGACUUAUACAAUGACAGGGCCUAACUCAGAAGAUCCUAACUAUAUGGGGAUAAUUCCGCGUAUGGUUACGACGAUUUUUGUCCUUAUAGAGAAUGCUGAUGAAAAUAUUGAAUUUACAGUGAAAAUUUCUUAUUGUGAAAUUUACUGCGAAAAAAUCAGAGAUCUAAUGAUUUCUUCUAACUCAUCUGAUCGAGUAAGUUUUUGCUUGCAUUUUUUAAAAGGUAAUUAUAAUUUUAUUCGGAUUUUAAUAAAGAUAACGUUAAUAUUAAAAUUUAUGAGCUGAAGAUUUUAUUAUUAUAAUCAUCAAAAAUAUUUUAUCUGAAAUAUAUCAAUUUAAUAGAUUUUUCUGGUUAAUUUUGCUCUUAAAAGGAAUGGUGUAAAGAAAAUCUAAAGAUUAGAGAAGAUAGGGCAAGAGGUGUAUACAUUGAUGGACUAACAGAAGUAUGUGCAUCCACAGGAGAAGAAAUUUAUGAAAUAAUGAAGCUCGGAAACACAAAUAGAGCGACAGCGUCGACAAAAAUGAACAAUUCGUCAUCAAGGUCCCACUCAAUUUUCUCCAUCACAGUUACUCAGUCCACUAUGGAUUUUUCCACAAAAGUUGGAAAACUCCACUUGAUUGACCUUGCUGGCUCUGAAAAAGUUGGGAAAACGACUCUAGAAGGAAUCCGCUUAAUCUCUCCAUGAGCAAUGAAUGAAAAAAAAUUCGCUCUCUAUAGAGAUUUAUUUUGAAGUAUUAUAUUUCAAAUAAUUUUUUUUUGAAAUUUAAAUCUCUAUAUUCGCAAAACUGGAAAAUAUAAAUUAAUUUACUUUAUAAAAUUUGCGUUUAUGAUGCAAUCUAUUAUUUAAAUUUAAUAGAAUUAGCUAGAAAUUAAAUUAUGACAGAUAAGCUUAUAUAUCAAAAAAAUUUUAUUAUUAAAAAAACAAUUUGCUCUAUCACAAGAGGUGAGUAUUUGCCCAAAAUAAUACAUCUUCUUACUCACAAAACUGUUGAAGUUAGAAGAAGCAAAAAAAAUCAAUAAAUCCCUAGCAGCACUAGGAGCUGUAAUAACAGCUUUAUCUGAAGGGAAAAAGUCUCACAUUCCUUAUAGAGAUUCUAAGCUGACAAGAAUUCUUGAAAAUUCAUUAGGAGGAAAUUCCAAAACUUCGCUAAUAGUAACUUGCUCCCCUUCCCAUUAUAAUGAAGAAGAAACUUUGUCAACUUUAAGAUUUGGGGUAAGAGCGAAACUAAUUAAAAACAAGCCAAAAAUCAACAAAGAGUUUACAGUGAGUGAGCUGAAACUUCUUCUAGCAGAUGCAAAAGAAGAAAUAAAGCAAAAAGACAUGCUAAUUAAACUAUUUGAAGAGCAGAUGGAAACUGGAGAUUGCAACUUGGCGCUUACAGCUGACACAAGCAUUUUCGGGGAUGAAGAUCUGUUUAAGCCUGAGUAUAUGGAAGUUAUACAGGAAUUAGAGCUGACAAAGCAAAAAAUGUUAGAAGAAAUGGAAAUUAAAAGAGAUCUGCAAGAGAGGUUUGAGCAGAUUGAAACCGAAAAUGCUGAAUUAAGUGCAGAAUAUACAGUCUUAACAGAUUCCCAAUUAUUUUUAAAAUUUAAUAAAUAUUUCCAUAUAAAUAACUAUUCCCACCUUUCCAAAAAUUUCAUCAAUUAAUUAAAUUCCCAUACAAUAAUUUAGUUAAAUACGCCCAAGAAAUUUGUGAUGAAAAAAAUAUUUUAGAAAAUUUACUCCGAGAUAAAGAAGAAAUUAUCGACAAACUGACCGCCAUAAAAGAUUCCUACGAAUCUAAAUUUGAAAAUUUCCAAAACGAAAAGCUACGUCUAGAGAAAAAAAUUGUCGAAAAAGACGUAGAAAUUGAAUACCUUAAGAGAAGAGCCAGAGCUUCUGCAAUUGAUUCUGAAGAAGAUAAAAAAUUGCAGAUAAGCGAAGAAAGGGAAAAAAAUAUUUUAAGAAUCCAUGGGGAUUCUUUAACUCCCCCCCCCCCUCCGUGAGCGAACAAAACCAUUAGAAAAAUCGCCAUUUUUUGACCAAAAACCCACCCUCCGUGAGUGAACAAAAAUUUUUUUAAUAGAAAAAAUUUUAAUGGAAAAAAAUUUUGAUAUAUAAGUGAUAAUUAGUAUAAUGAAAUCUAGAGCUAAUUCUGUUUAAUUUUUAAACAAAUUGCGUUUUAAAACAUAAAUUUUGCAAAUUAAAUUAAUAUUUGCUUCCCAAUUUUUGCAAAUUAGGAUUUUUUUAAAUUUCGAAAAACAUAUUUUUUAUAAAAUUUAUAUAUAAAUUUUUUUUUAAAAAAAAAAAAUUAACCCCCCUCCGUGAGCGAAACAAAAUUUUUUUGUUCGCUCACGGAGGGGGGGGGGGAGUAAGUAAAUUAUCAAUGAUAAAAGAUGGAAUUAAUGAAGAAAUUUAUGAUGAAAAUAUAUGGAAAAAUGAGAAGCUGAAGCUUGUAAAUCAGCUUCAAAUUAGGAUAAAGUCAAUAAUUGACCUUGAAAUUGAGCUUGAAGAUGCUCGAGAAGUCAUAAAAAAGCUGGAAAAUUCUAAAGGGAGCACCUGGAGAGAAGAAAGAAAACAGAACAGCAUCUUGGAGAGGCAGCUAGAACAGCUGACUAUAAUGUAUCAUCAAUUAGCAAAGCAGCAGUCAGAAUCCUCAUUAGACAGCAGCAUAAAAGAAAAAAAAAUCCACCGGCUGACAGAAAAAUCUAAAAAGCUUGAAGAAGAGCUAAAAUCCUUAAAAUCAUCUAUAAAAGAAUACGAGUUCACUAGCAAAGCAUUAAAAGAUGAGCUCAAAAAGAAGCCUCAAAGCAGCAUUCUCAGUACAAUGGGAACUCUAGGGUUACUAUUGCCAAGUCCUAAGAUUAAAAAAUCAAUAAAAGGUGGCGGCAAUUCCAAGUUCCUGGCAGUUUUUGCUGAUCAGGCUAGAACCUCAUCAGCUGCUUUUAAUAGACUCUCAUUAAAUAAUGAAUUACAAAUUUAA